AUGUGGAUUGAGUCACCAAAGAUUGAGUCCAGCCAGUAUGAAUCCGAUGUGGCCGUUGGCCGGGAUUGGACUCCCGGGGAAGAACGCCGCGCACGCACCAAGGUUGAUUUCUCGGUUCUCCCCCUGCUCACAUUCGGCAUGAUCAUGUUCCAGCUCGAUCGCAUGAACGUGGCCAGCGCCUUGACUGGAGGUUUCGCCGACGAUAUUGGCGUUAACCAGAAUACCAUCAAUUUAGGGAAUCAGUUGAUGUUUCUGGGUAUUAUCGUUUUGGAGAUCCCGUCAAAUAUGCUUCUUCAGAAGAUCGGCCCUAGCAAAUGGAUUCCAGCACAAGUAUUCGUCUUCGGCCUCAUUGCAACUUUACAAGUUCUGCUGCGGAAUAGAGGAGGCUUCCUGGCUACGCGUAUGUUGCUGGGUCUGGCUGAAGCAGGGUACAUCCCAGGUUCAAUUUAUACACUGUCCACCUGGUAUACGCCUCAAGAACUGGGGCGCCGAGUGGCAAUUCUGUUCUUUGGAAUGUUCGGAGGAAAUGCGAUUUCUCCGCUCAUUGGGGCUGGCAUUCUAAAGCUGCAUGGACAGGGGAGCCUGUCGGGCUGGCAGUAUAUCUUCCUCAUUGAGGGAAUUGCGACAAUGGUAGUCGCUGUACUUCUCCUCAUCGUCCUUCCAACAAGUCCCCAAAGCCCUAGGCCUCUCUUCUUCAACGGACUCAUUCGCUUCUCGGACAGAGAGCAGCACAUCCUCACAGCUAGGCUGGGAAUUGACAAAACACCAUCCGCAAACCACAAUGCCCGCGCUGGAAUCCCAUUCUCAACCGUGCGAAAAGCACUCCUCAACUACCGCCGCUGGCCUCACUUCGUCUCGACAGCUUGCGUCUUCGCGACAUGGAGCCCUCUGACAACCUACACCCCAAGCAUAAUCAUGUCCCUCGGCUUCACGCGCGUGCAAGCCAACGCCCUAAGCGCAAUCGGCGCAUUCCUAACACUCCCCAUCGUAUUCUUCUUCGCGUGGGUGAGCGAUCGGACCAAGAAGCGCGGCCUUACCGUUAUAACGGCAAUCUGCUGCUACCUGGCUGUCCUGAUCGUGGCGAGAUGCGUUCUUCCUGCUGCGCCCAAGUGGAGCAGGUUUGGGAUGUGGACGGUUGUUAAUGCCUUUGCGGUGUGUUAUCAUCCUGUGCAUAAUGUUUGGGUGCAGUUGAAUUGCACGGAUACGGCGGAGAGGAGUAUUGGUAUCUCGAUGUGGGUGAUGAGUGCGAUAUGCGGUCUUCUAGCAGGAACCCAGAUAUUCAGGGCGGAUGAUUCUCCAACAUACCUCAGAGGUCUGAUUAUCAUGAUUGGGUUGGUCUCUGGCGGGCUGGUGUUGGCUAUCUCACAGGAGUUGAUUUAUCUUGUGUUGAAUUCUCGCCAAAGACGUAGAGGAGGUAAGGAAUUGUAUACCCCAUGA